UCUCAGUAAUAUGAGAAUGGUGUUUUUUUUUUUUUUUUUAACUUUUGUAGUUUUAACAUGUCUGAUGGAGAAAAGCAUUCACUGUGAAACGUCAGCUUGAACGGAGCUGAUUGUGCCCAUUUGUUACGGUGGUUUGUCACAGGAAAGAUCCAGCCUCCGGGGCAGUGGGCAGAGGUGUGAGAUAGACACACGUGCUGUGUCCAUCACCCAGCCCCAGCCCUUGUCAGCCUUCUCCCAGCCGUGUGCGCCAAGCUUUCGGCAGCCUCUAAGUGUCACGAUUUUUUUUUUUUUGUCUCUCCUGAGUUGUAGUUCAUGUCCUGUUUCUACAGUGACGGUAUAUGUUUAAGCAAAACUAGGUCAUGUAAACCCAGUAGCUCUAACUUUGUUUCAGGAAGUGGAGCGAGAAAUCUCAUUCAGAACGGAAUGCGGACUAUAUUACUCCUACUACAAGCAGAUGCUGCAGGCUCCCACCCUCGCGCAAGAAAAUGCGUACAUGUUCCCAAAAUCAAACCUAUGAAACAGAGAACAUUCAGAAAGAGGGCUCCUCCCAUCCCUGCCCUUCUGCCCUGUUUUCCUUCCCAGCUCUGUAGGUUUUCAUGGCUUAAUAUAUGAUAACAAAACUGAAUCCAUGCGGACAAUUAACCUCCUUCAACGAAUGAAUAUUUACCAAGAGGUUUUUCUGAGCAUUUUGUAUAGAGUUCUACCCAUACAGAAAUAUUUAGAGCCAGUUUAUUUUUAUAUUUACACUUUAUUUGGACUCCAGGCGAUCUAUGUCACAGCUCUUUAUGUAACCAGCUGGCUCCUUAGUGGUACCUGGCUCUCAGGGCUGUUGGCAGCCCUCUGGUACGUCGCCAACAGAAUAGAUACCACAAGAGUGGAGUUUACCAUCCCGCUGAGGGAGAACUGGGCACUGCCAUUCUUUGCAAUUCAGAUAGCAGCAAUUACGUAUUUUCUGAGACCAAACUUACAGCCUCCUUCUGAAAGGCUGAUGCUUCUUGCCAUUUUCAUAUCAACUUUUCUCUUUAGUCUGACGUGGCAAUUUAAUCAAUUUAUGAUGUUGAUGCAAGCAUUAGUGCUGUUCGUGCUGGACUCCUUGGACAUGCUACCUGCAGUGAAGGCAACGUGGCUUUAUGGUAUACAGAUAGCAAGUUUACUGCUGGUCUGCAUUCUCCAAUUUUUUAAUUCCAUGAUUCUUGGAUCAUUGCUCAUCAGCUUUAACCUUUCAGUAUUAAUUGCAAGAAAACUUCAGAGAAACCUGAAAACUGGAAGCUUCCUUAAUCGGAUUGGGAAACUUUUAUUACAUUUAUUAAUAGUUCUGUGCUUCACGCUUUUUCUCAACAACAUUAUUAAGAAAAUUCUUAACUUGAAGUCAGAUGAACAUAUAUUUAAAUUUUUGAAGGCAAAAUUCGGGUUUGGCGCAACAAGGGAUUUUGAUGCAAAUCUCUACCUGUGUGAAGAAGCUUUUGGCCUCCUUCCUUUGAAUACCUUUGAAAGGCUCUCUGAGACGCUGCUUUUUUAUGCUUACGUAUUUGUUCUGUCCAUCACAGUGAUUACCGCAUUAGUUGUUGCCUUUCACAAGCUCAGUGAUCCUGCAAAGCAACAGUCAGUGGGCAAAAUGGGAAGAUGCACAGUGGACCUGAAGCCGGAAACAGCCUACAACGUAAUCCAUACCAUCCUGUUUGGAUUCUUGGCACUGAGCACAAUGAGGAUGAAGUACCUGUGGACGUCACACAUGUGCGUGUUCGCGUCCUUUGGCUUGUGCAGUCCUGAGAUAUGGGAGUUACUGUUGAAGUCGGUGCGUCUUUAUAGCCCAAGGAGGAUAUGUAUAAUGCGCUAUUCAGUCCCGAUAGCAGUCCUGCUGUACCUGUGCUACAAGUUCUGGCCAGGAAUGAUGGAUGAGCUGUCCGAGUUGAGGGAAUUCUAUGACCCAGAUACAGUGGAGCUGAUGAACUGGAUUAAGUCUAAUACCCCAAGAAAGGCUGUAUUUGCCGGAAGCAUGCAGUUGCUGGCUGGAGUGAAGCUGUGCACAGGACGGACCUUAACCAACCACCCACACUACGAGGACAACAGCCUGAGAGAGCGGACCAAAGCGGUUUACCAGAUAUACGCAAAAAGGUCUCCAGAGGAAGUGCAUGCCCUCCUGAGGUCUUUCGGCACAGAUUACGUGAUCCUGGAAGACAGCAUCUGCUACGAGCGAAGGCACCGCCGGGGCUGCCGGCUGCGGGACCUGCUGGACAUCGCCAAUGGACACACGAUGGAUGGCCCGGGAGACAACGAUCCCGACUUGAAGCCUGCGGACCACCCUCGCUUCUGCGAAGAGAUCAAAAGGAACCUGCCCUCCUACAAGGCCCACUUCACCCGAGUGUUCCAGAAUAAGACCUUCCACGUUUACAAGCUCUCCAGAAAGAAGUAACGGAUUCCUGCCAGUCCUGCUCUGACACAGCGAGACCGAGCCGGCGGCGUUUCCCAUGGAGUAGGCCACCCGUACCUGCAAGCUGUGAGGGUGAGUCCUCCAGGGGUCACACGGCGCUCGCCGUCCGCGGAGAAUCUUCUUGCAGCUGACGUCUUGCCUCUUGUCCUUUCCAUCUUCAAGCUGAAGUCUCGUCUCUUCCAUUAAUGUUCUUCAGCUUCUCUGUCCACAGCAUCCCGAGGGUGACCAGGAAUUCGUGAUUGUUUUUGGAGGAAAUACUGUGUGUUCCGUGGCUAGUCUGGAGAGGCACGCAGGAGAACUGGGCGGCGAGUCUGACCCAGAUCUGAGCUGCCUUUGGCUCUGUUGACAGAAUCCUGCCAUGGCUGCACUGUACACAGGGACGCCUCACGGAGUUACUAUUAUCUCACAAGGGAAGACCAACUGGUGGCUUUUUAUUAAGAUUUUUAUUGUCCUGCUUCACCUUAAAGUUUUAUCCUUUUCAGUCAUGUUUUUAACAUUAACAGCAGCAACAAAAUCCACAUCACGCUGGGUCUUGGCGUAGAUCUUAAACGUCUCGUUGCUCUGUCUGGAUGUCAUGUACAGCCAUCCAGCACCUGUGCCGUGUCUUACUCCUGGGCGCAGGGGAGUGCUGCAGGCUCGCACUGUGAGCCCUGCACGGGCGGGGAGCCGUGCGCUCACGCAGGAUCUGUAACCGGUCAGUGUUACCUUUAAAACCUAGCGACGCUCUUCAACCUCUCCCGCAACUAAAACAAUUUUGCUUUAUUUAUUACUCAUUUCAAUGUACUAGGUUUGCAAAAUUUUGUAAACUUUGUGUUUUUAGCCUUUGUAUUUAUUUAUUUUUUUUUUUUUACAGUCUGGAUCCUUGCAAAGUCUGAGUAUUUUUUUAAAUGUCGUGUCUUAACCGGUUCACUGACACCGUAUUUUCAGCAGCCUGACGCGGUCUCCAGCCUUCCCGCAGGGCCCCUCUGCCCCCCGUCCUUGCUAGAAGGUAACCAAGUGCCUCUGCGCCACGCUCAUUCGUAAACAGUGAAGAGGACUGUGUGGACCUGCUCAAAAAUUUUUGAUAACUGCUUUUAUAACUCCUUUCUAAUGACGGGAACAUGUAAAAGUUUCGGAUAAACCUGUUGUCCAUUUAAUUAAGUCAGGACGGCUAAUGAAAUUAACUUCCGUCUCCUCUUCUUACCAGUUGGAAAUGAUUUAACCGUUUCUCCUUGCAGUUGUGUGUUGAAGUAAAUUAGUGUCGACACCAAGAUAGAUCCAUCCUGCACUCCCAUGAUUUUAUAUUCAGUACAACUCACUAAUGAGCAUUCAGAAAAUUUUUAUACUGUCAUGCUGGAAGCAAGGAUACUCAGUUUUUUAUCAAAACUCAUUUAAAAUAAAAGCUGACAGUAACUGGGUUAUUAAAUUAUGAAACCGAAACCUUCUAGAUUAUGUAUUUCCUGUAUCCCUUAAUAAGGUUGGAGACCACUGCAGUUUAGGAUAAUACAAUAAUAAAACAUCUAAUCAGUACUGAGACGCUCAUUAAGCCAGUAAUGACGCAUGCCUGUUGUAGCUGACAGCACGGGUCAGUACAGCGAGUGCCUUACUCUAAUUCAGACCAAGCACAUGUAAGGUACAGUACAAUUAGAUGAUGUGGUUUGUUUGUAAAAUCCUCACUUUUCGGGACACACUUGCAUUUAGUUGAAGUAUUCCUGUAUGUGUUAAUGGAAGCAUUUAGAUAUUUGCAGUCUCCUUAUCCAAGGAUCAGACACUUGGGUUUCUGCGCACUGAUGGCCGAGGGGACUUUUUUUUUACAGUUUAGAUACCCGUGUUGCCAAAACAUUCAGUGUUCAGUCUUUAGUGAAAGAUACAAAGUGCCAAAAAAAAAAAUCUGUGCAAGACAGAAUCCAUACAUAAGCUCUUUCCAAGACACUGUGACCAUGUACAAUAGAAGUUUGCUUCCUGUUGACCAAAUCUUUGAGUGAAUCAUGUUUCAUCAGCGUUGUCUUUCAUGGCCUCCUCCUCGGAGUGCACAGGUGGAAAGACAGGACAAGCGCAUCCCUCCUGGCCCUGGUUACCAGCCUCUGCCAGGCCCUGGCAGAGCCAUGGGGCACACGCCCCCCCGACAGGCCCUGGUAUUCAACUCAGACAGGGCUCUGGUUUUUAUCUGUAGAAAAACCACUUGAUUUUGCUUCUCAGCAGUCGCAAGAACCUCUGAGUCCCACAGAAGUGCUCUUAACUGACUCCCCAGAUCCCUGAAGUCUCCAUCCUGCACCGUUCCUCCCACACUCGGCUGACCCAUGCACACUCCACUUCUGUUGGCACACACGGCUCAGCUGACCAUUUGCAAUAACUUAGGACAUAUGAAGUUGAAGGGAACAAUAUCUGUAAAAUAAAAUGCUUUGGUAUGAUUUGAUAAAGACUGAGUAGCUAAUAAAAGUUACUUUGAAGGAAGGAAAUUUGGAAGGAAAUUUGACAUUGGGAAAAUCGUGAAAUUGGUGAAAGGGAGGGAUCGAGAUCAAGACACUUAGGACUUUUGCUCCCUAGAUUUAUCUUCUCAGGCCACUGUAAACAAAAUCGAAACCAACGGGGGAGAUAUCAGAAAGCACCCCAAACAAUGUCAUCGGUAUGACACAAGAAAUAGAACUGUACUUAUUGUCCUGACGCAGAAGACCAUCCUCCCUUCAGAGCGGAAGUCAUAGCUGAGGUAGCGCAUCCCUCCUUCAACCAUCUUCCUGUAGUAAGUGACCUGCUGUGACACUGACCACAGUGGCUGCCAGAGUCCACUCGGGCUGAAGGAGCCCAAUCCUGUGGCGGGCUUUCAAAGACGACAGCCAUUCCAGAUGUGAUAUCCAGGCCAUUGGUCAUCUCGAAAAGAUGCCGUGUGCGCGUACGUAGACAUGAGGCCGUGGGCGCGGGCAGAUAGCAUAUCCGGUCUGCGUCUUUAUCACCAUUAACUGACAAUUUUUUAUUUUUCUGACUAACAUUUUAGCUCAUUUUUGGCCAAAAUUGACCCGAAUUAAUAAAUUUAAAAACUUUAAUUCAGAGCUUGGAACUAACGGGAAGGUGUUGAGAAUCUUCUCCUAGAACUUGCUUUGCCCAUGACAACCUGCUGGCCUGGGGGAGAGUGCUUGUCAAGAACUUUUGAGACAAGAGGGGAACUUUGCUGUUGGGAUUGAUUUUGUGUUUUUAACAUCUUACAAAGAGCUUUUAUAAUUUGUUGUACUGAAUUGUAUGGAGAUUAUAUACUAAUAAAGCUCUUUUAAAUUCCA